UCACAUAAAGAAUUUUAAAUUAAGAUAAGUCAACCAAUCUGAAAAACCUAAGUCUCUGGACUUUGGCAUUAUCAUUAUGCUUGAAUAGCAUAGACAUAGUUUGCAUAAAAAGCAUACUAAGUUCACUCUUGGUUGUGUCGAAGACCUUGUUUGAUGUAACAAGAAGAUUAAAGAAUAAACCAAUACUAGUAUACAAGGAUUAAGAGGACCUCCAACAUGACCCUUUCUUCCUCACUCGGCCUAAGCAUGAACAGAAGACCACAUUUGCUGGAGAAAGAGGCAAGAAAAAGAAAGAAAGAAAUGGGAAGUAGUAGUAGUGGUGGUGGUGGGAAGAGAACAUUAGCACAAGAUCUGAUAGCAGUAGAGGAGUCACCAGGUGGGUUAGAAAGUACAAAAAAUGUGGUGGUGGUGAUGGAUGGACUCAAGGAGUUUACAAUGGACCCUCUCAUGUGGGUUCUGGAGAACAUUGCUCAUGAGGCUCAUUGCACUAUUACUCUCCUUGGGGUCAUGCCCUGGCUUAACAUUCCACUGUUUUCUAAGACAUGGUCAGACAUUUGGACAAUGGACCUGGAGGAUUUGUCAGCCAUAAAGAAGAAAACCAAGUGGAAGAGCGAUGCCAAGUACCAAAAAAUUGAACAACUAAUGUGA